AUGGCCACGGCAUUCACCUUAUUCGUCGCCACUUCCUUAAUGGUGACAGUGGCGUUGGGCCAGCAACGCCCCGUCCCGCCGACGUUCACCAGACCUGCUGUGCAGGGUCGUGGCAUCGCUCAGCUGAACUUGGACGCACAACAACAGGUGCCUCAGCCGUUCCGCAGGGUAUCUUUGCCCCUGUACAGAGGCCGAGGGUUCAGUCUGGAGGGACAGGAGCCGAUUAAGCCACAGGUGGCGCAGCAGACGUUCCAGUCGAGACCAGUUGAAAACGUGAACGUUGACGCGGCGGCGGUCGACGACGCACCCCAGCCCACCAGACAAGCACCGCAGCACCAGUUUGAGAGGACACAGCAGCAGCAAGUCGACAGGGUUCAACAUCAACAACAACACAUCGAUAGGAUUCAAUCUCAGCCUGAAAAACAGUUCCCCGGAUUCCGGCCACAGCCGCAGAUCCAACCCAUUGAACCACAACCAAACUUCGUUAGGAAGGUCGUACAGAGGCCGGUGAAACGCGUACGAGUCACCGAAGAGACGGAAGUUGUUUCUAAAUCUCCGGAAACGAUUCAGAGAAUGAAACUUGAACGAACCGAGUCUGCAGACAAACAGAGGGCGAAGAAGCCGGUGUCUCAGGUGUUGAGGCGGUACAGAGACGACAACCCGGACGGUAGCAUCACUUGGGGUUUCGAGAACGAUGACGGCACGUUCAAGGAGGAGACCAUCGGCGUGGAUUGCGUGACCCGCGGCAAGUACGGUUAUGUGGACCCGGAGGGCGUCAAGCGCGAGUACUCGUACCAGUCGGGCAUACCGUGCGACAAGGACAGGCGGCCGCUGAACGCGCCGCAGCAACAGCAGUCGGGCGCCGGUUCGUCGGCGGUGCAGGAGGCGCAGGCCAGCGACACGUACGGUUACAUUGACUACACCAAGAACCAGUACGUCAUGGCCAACGGACAGACGAUCAACCUGAACGGCAUGGCCAGGAACAGGGCGCGGAAACCGGUGGUCCGGAAGACCGCGGUGCCGCCCCCAGCCGACGAUCGUUUCUGA